AUGAAUGUGGUUGGCAGAGUUGGGAGCCUUAUCUCACAAGGCGUAUACUCUGUCGCCACCCCCUUUCACCCUUUUGGUGGCGCUGUUGAUGUGAUUGUGGUUCAACAGCAAGAUGGGACAUUUCGGAGCACCCCUUGGUACGUUAGAUUCGGCAAAUUUCAGGGUGUUCUUAAAGGGGCGGAAAAGAUAGUGCGCAUUGAAGUUAACGGAACUGAAGCUGAUUUCCACAUGUUUCUUGAUAAUUCUGGCGAGGCUUACUUCAUACAUGAUAUUGACUCUGGCAAAGGAGGAGAGGAAAGUGGCAUUGUAAAAGAUUCUGAUGGUGCGCAACUCUCACAGGAGGCUGGAGGUUUUGACCCGAAUCAGAACAACCUGGGUGGAAUGCCAAGACUUGAACAUAGCAUUUCUGAUUCUGUUGUGGUGCAGUUGAGAGGGGAACACGAUUUAGUAGGUAGCCGACUUGAUAGGACAGAAUCUGAUGUUGACCGGAGGUACUAUGAUCUCCAAGACGAACCACCUUCUCCAGUUUCCUUAACAGAAUUUGGGUCUGGUAGAUUUGAGGGCCUAGGCAGUGGGUCAGCUGCAGACUCGCAGGGUUCAGAUUCAGAAGUGAUUUUGGUGAGUGUAGAUGGACAUGUAUUAACUGCCCCUGUUUCAGCCUCAGAAGAGGACACUGAGAAUGUGCAGCUGAGUACACCUCAAUUUCACUUAGGCCCAGGUGAUGGAACCGAAGAAUUCAAUACGGGAGAUGAUACUUGGGCUGCUGAAUAUAUCAGCAAGCUGAAUGCAUCUCCUUCUGAUGCUGCAUCUGAUAAAGCUUGUAGUGUUAGCAAUGAGGAUUUUUCUUUACAACACCCCCUGGAAGUCUGUGAAGGUCAGGGGGAACAUAAUUGUCAAAGUCAAGGGACUCAAGAUAGCCCUAGGCUAGAAGAAGAAAUUCCAAUACGAAGUGAUUCAGAAGAUUCGUCUGCUAGAAGUAGGAGGGGAGAUGUUUUUGGAAGUUGCUUAGCUCUAUCAGAAAUUGGUGAGCAUGUUGGAAAUGGUAGUUUUGAAGCUGUAAACACUUCACUGCAAAUUAAGACAGUUAUCGAAGAGUCUUCUUGCAGUCUUUCAGCAGUUAAUCAAACUCAAAAUAAGGUCAUUGAUGAAUCAGCUGAUGAUAGUAUCAGCCCACAGAUUUCAGAUUCUGCCAGAUUUGAUGCGUCACCUUCGUCACAAGUUGAAGUUGAAGUCACUGAGACCAAUGUUUUAGGGCCUGAAGGUCUAGGUAAUGACACCUUGUCUAUUCAUUCAGUAAAUCCAGAACCAAAGGAUGGCUACCUUGGUGCUUCUGCAGUGAAGGAAGAGCCAGAUGUUAAAGAACAAUCUAAGCAUGAAGAUCAGAGUUCCACUAGUGAGACAAUGCAACCUCAAAAAGAAACAUCCAAUGCUGCAUUUCCACAUUCUAGCACAAGGGUCGAACUCUCUCUCUGUGGGAAGGAACUUCACGCUGGUAUAGGCUUUGAGGCUGCUGCUAAAGUUUUUGAAGCACACCGCGUAUCAGUGGAGGACUUUAAGAGUUCUACAACCUCUAUUAUCAAGAAUGAACAGUUGAUUGUUAGGUAUGCAGAGAAGUAUUUGCCAUGGGAAAAGGCUGCCCCGGUUGUCCUGGGAAUGGCUGCAUUUGGUAUAGAUGUUCCUGUGGAGCCCAGAGAUGCAAUUCCUGUCGACCAAAGUGAUCCAGAGACUAGAGACGAUGAAACUGGGUUAGUUUCAACGCCCACAAGUCGCAGGUGGAGGCUCUGGCCUAAUCCGUUUAGAAGGGUCAAAACUCUUGAGCAUACUACCAGUAACUCAUCAAGUGAAGAGUUAUUCGUUGAUACUGAAUCUGGAACUUUAAACUCAAAUGCAGAGCCACCUUCGGCUUCUUCUAUUGGCAUAGAGUCCCCUCACAAGCAGUAUGUGAGGACUAAUGUUCCAACUAGUGAGCAGAUAGCCUCAUUGAAUUUGAAAGAUGGCCAGAAUAUGAUAAAAUUCAGUUUCUCCACAAGAGUUCUGGGCACUCAACAGGUAGAUGCUCAUAUAUACUUGUGGAAGUGGAAUGCUAGAAUCGUGAUUUCUGAUGUUGAUGGAACAAUAACCAAGUCUGAUGUUUUAGGCCAGUUCAUGCCUUUGGUUGGCAAGGAUUGGUCACAAUCUGGAGUAGCUAAGCUUUUUUCAGCAAUAAAGGAGAAUGGAUAUCAGCUACUGUUUCUGAGUGCACGAGCAAUUGUCCAGGCAUAUCUGACCAGAAGUUUUCUUUUUAACUUGAAGCAGGAUGGGAAAACUCUACCCACUGGACCAGUUGUUAUUUCGCCAGAUGGAUUAUUUCCGUCACUCUAUCGUGAAGUCAUAAGGCGGGCUCCACAUGAGUUUAAGAUUGCUUGCUUAGAGGACAUCAGGAAACUGUUUCCUCCUGAUUACAACCCAUUCUAUGCAGGCUUUGGGAAUAGAGACACUGAUGAACUUAGUUACCGCAAAAUUGGUAUUCCAAAGGGGAAGAUUUUUAUCAUAAACCCGAAGGGAGAGGUGGCUAUUAGUCAUCGGAUCGAUGUGAGGUCGUAUACAUCAUUACACACUCUUGUCAAUGACAUGUUCCCUCCAACAUCACUGGUCGAGCAGGAAGAUUACAACGCAUGGAAUUUCUGGAAAAUGCCAUUGCCAGACAUCGAAGAGUUUGUUGCGUAG